AUGCCAAAUAUUUUACCUAAUAUUCUGAAACAUACAUCCAAAACUGCAGAGGUGUUGGGCGUGGAGUGUAAAUGUGAUAACAAUAAAUCACCUGUAAAACUUCCAUAUCUUGGCCGUCUUGAUAUUCUAACAAUUGAAGGUAUUCCGUCUGAUUUACACCGUUUAAAAGAAUUACUUCUUGCUGCACCAAAUCUAUGUGUAUUAGUCAUUGAUUUAGAUUGUUUACUUAGAUUACUUGAAGAUGAAAAUGAACCACUUAUUCUAUAUGUUCUUCUUCAUCGACACAUACUUGAUCUUUGUAUUCGUAUUCCAGAAAAUAAUAACAAUCAACAAACAAAAACAUCAAAAUUAACUAUUGAAAAAAUUCAUAUUAUAGCACGAGUAUUCACUCGUGUUAGAAAUUUAACAAUAGAUUAUGAAACAUUAGCAGAAUAUAUUGAAUCAAAUAUAAUAAAAUUAAUCAUAAAUGAGUUUAAACAACUUGUUAUAUUUCAUAUCUAUGGUAAAAUUCCAAAUGCUAUAAGAGAAAAUGAUAUUCGACAAUGGGUCAUUGAACAAAGUUCUUUUCGUAGAAAAUCUUUAGACAUAUUUCGAGUAGAAUGUAGUAAUGAAUGGUUUAAAUUAUGGUUAUAA